UUUACUUUGUGUAGUUGAUCUUUAUACAUGUUUUAUUAAAUAUUUUGUUUGGAAUACUCAACUAGUUAUCUAGAAUUGAGGUACGAUAAUCUCAUUCUUUAAAUAUUUGAGUCUUAUUCCUCGUUUAAGCAUUCAAGUUACAUUGUUACGUAAACAGAGCUAUCAAAAUGAAGAUGCGGGAAAUUUUCAAAACUCCUGGGGAAGUAUCUGAAUCUGAUGAGCUAGAAGAACUAGCUGAUGCGGAGGAAGAUGAAGAUGUGCUGGUAUUUGUAGGACUUGAGGAACCCUUUGAAUCGGAAGAUUCUGAAGUAGAAUACGGUGUACCGUAUGGAAGUGUCAGAGAACUCCAACAUGAGUCUGAUGGGGAAGACUCAGACUUUGAUCCAGAUGGGGAUGAGAGCGAAGAUAGUUCAGACUUCCAACCAGAUGACUCAGACGAUUCCAUGUCUGACACGAAUAAUAAAGCAGUAAUCACAAAAAAUGGCAAAGCGCCAAAUAUAUUAAAACAAGAUAAGUUUAACGUAAAUACGGAUGCAAACGGUGAUCCAGGUCCAAGUUCAAGCCGUGGUGGAAAAAAUAGUCACGAGGAUUAUAGUAAUGUGUUAGAGCUUAAUGAAGAUGAUGAGGAUGAUGAGACGGUGCGUGCUAUUAUUGCAGCAAUUAAGAAACCACGCACCGCGCCACCAGAAAUUAAAUUGGACGAUUUUAUUACCGACAUUUGUUUUCAUCCCGAACGUGAUAUCAUAGCACUGGCGACAAUAACCGGAGAUGUAUGCCUUUAUGAGUAUGCAAAUGACGGCAAUACAUUACUACGUAAUAUUGAAAUACAUGCUAAAUCGUGUCGCGACGUUGAAUUCACUGAAGAUGGUCGUGAUUUACUUACCUGUUCAAAAGACAAAUCGAUUAUGAUUACUGAUAUGGAAACCGAGAAACUAAAGAAAUUUUACGAAAGCGCACACGAUGAAGCCAUAAAUAAGUUGCACGUUAUUGACGAACACCUCUUCGCCACUGGAGACGAUGGAGGUACAGUCAAACUUUGGGAUUUGCGUACCAAAGAUUCUAUAUUUGCCCUAAAAGAAGUAGAAGACUUUAUUUCGGGAAUGCUAACAAACGAAUCUAAAAAAUUAUUGUUGACUACUAGUGGUGAUGGCUACCUGACAACGAUAAACAUAGCUGCGCGCAAACUUUACGUACAAUCAGAACCGUAUGAAGAGGAGCUGCAUUGUAUGGGUACAUUUCGUGGUAAUUCAAAACUAGUAAUAGGCACGUCUAAAGGUCGCCUUUAUACAUUUAACUGGGGCCAAUUUGGUUAUCACUGUGACAUGUAUCCUGGUAUUAAAACGCCUAUCAGUGAAAUGAUACCCAUCACGGAUCGUAUUUGCUGUGUGGCAGGCGAAGAGGGUAUCAUACGUGCAUGCCAUAUUGCGCCGUACCGUAAUUUGGGUAUUGUAGGACAGCAUAACAUGCCAAUUGAAAAUCUGGAUGUGAGUAAUUCUGGUGAAUUGAUUGCUUCUUCUUCCCACAACAACGAUGUACGCUUUUGGAAUGUAAAAUAUUUUGAAGACUUCGGUGACAUUAAGUACAAUGAAAAACAUAACACAUUUAAAGACAAGCGCCACAAUUUGCCGUCAUCCAAAUUCACAAAUGCCGGAGACUUUUUUGCCGACCUGGCAAAAUCACCCAGUGAUAACGAAUGAAAAUGCAGUUUUAAAAGAGUGUAGAUGUAAAAAACUUGUGUGUAUUGUAAUUUUUUUUUUAAGAAAACCAUGUUGAAAUAAUAAUUAAAACAAAUGAA